AUAUCUGAUACCCGAAAUCAAUGGGCCAUGGCGGUUGGGGGAGCUAUGCAGCCGAUGCUAGGGGGUUGAGGGGUUCACGAAUCCACAUUGGGAAAAGACAAACGACUCCUUUUUUGGCAACGUUGGAAAGUGUUGGAUCAUCAAUGGAUGGCGAAGAAGAAGCCCAUAUUCAAUAUGAUAUUGACAUCUUGUUGAGGAAAGAGAUAUGCCGGACAUGUCUACUUUGACGGUCUAGCUUGUUGGUCGGCAGAGCGGACUACUCAUCACCGUGGUGGAGAGGAGUGGCUACAAUUGGUGGCAAUGGAGUUGCUUUGUUCUCUUGGGUUGCCGGACAGCAGCGUAGUAUUGCACAGGAAUGGUGAUGUUGAGGGGCUCGAAAAGUGAUAUUUGCAUGGUAGCUGCACACAAGCAGCUCAAGAAAACCUGGCGUUGAAUGAAACACAACGAUGUUGUAUUGGAUUGGAAAACACGGACCGGUGAGAAAAUCGAGGAAGAUGAUCUGUUCAUCUAGCAUUCUCAUUGCUUCACAAGGAGGAAGUCAACAAACUGUUAUGCCUUCAUAUCGCAGCCAUCAGUGAGCCCUGAAUUGUGAUUAGGCUCCAGCUCACUACCCUUUUCAGUCCCUUAGCUGGAACCCCUUCGCUAGCUUCACUCUAGCUGCAUCCGUUAGCACGAAGAUGAAGCACGGCAAUGCCAAGCUUCGAGGGGUUGCAGAAUUGGAGACAGGCGCUGAAGAUGAGGGGCUCGGCUUCUCAACUGGGGGGGGGAAAUCAGCAACUGAGGAAGGGGGGGAGUCCAAGAGGCGGCCACCGAGAUACACCGUGCUCAUUACAAGGCUGGCAAUCAUGACACUCUUCGCGGUGACAGUCACCCUCCUGAGUAUCUUCACAUGGUUCUGGACGUCGCAGAGCACGAAGCAGGCAGCAAACAGCCUGGGAGACUCCCUAAGGCACAAUAUUUUAAACGGGUCAGUGGUUCACAUGACCCGCAUCCUGUCAGACCAGCAGUCGGCACUGAACGUCACGGUCAAUGCGGCGAUGUAUCAGCAUCAGCUGACUGGGGAGGUUUUGGGGAGCGAUAUGCGCCGCGAGGUCUGGGGUGUUGUCGCUAACCGAAACUACGCUUUUACCAGCUCCACCGUCCUUGCCUCGGCCUAUUUCCAGUCGCUGAAUCCGGGUCAACCUCCUCAAGAGUCGUUUGUGAAUAUCAGCUACUCACCGGAGGAGACACCGACGAUCUACAACGUGUCGCUCGAUGCGUACGGCAACCGCAUCGGCCCGGUCGGGGUUUUGACCACCGACCUCGACCCCCGUCAACGGGACUACUACCUCGGAGCCCAGAACUUGUCUACCGGUCAGGUGCAUUGGAGCCUUUACUACUCCGCCCGAAGCUUCCCGGUCCUGUCGGCUUCUACGCCCCUGAGAGAUGGGACCGGAGACUUCCUCGGAGUGAAGAUUGUCAUCCAGCAGCUUGGUUCCGUCAGCAACUUCGUGACCAACAUGUGGGACAUGCGAGGAGGCAUGAUUUUCUUCAUGACGUCAGACGGCUUCCUCCUUGCGUCAUCCGGACCCCGGGAGGAUUUUCUGAACAAUUACGAACUGGGCGGCCGCCUAAGACGUGCCACUGAAUCCACGUGCCCCCUCAUCCGUUCGACUGACCACUUUCUGAUGAAAGAAUUUGGCAUGCCCGGGCUGCUCUCCGGUCCGAUUCGGGUGGGGGACGUGCAGCUCGAGGGGCAGAAAUACUACGUCGAUACGGUGCCAAUCGAGAACGGCAAUCUGCAAAUGGUGGCGGUGCUCGCAAUCCCCAGGGAGAGCAUCAUGGGGAGCAUCGACAACCGAAGCCGCGUCACCGCAAUCAUGCUCUGCUGUCUAUCUUCGGCGGCGUUUUUGAUCGGGUGCGUGCUUGUGUUCCUCUUCACGAAACGCGUGUCCACUGAAGUCAAGCUCAAAGCGGAACUGGAAGAAGCCAAGCAGCGCGCAGAAGCACACAGCAAGGCCAAGAGCAUGUUUCUGAGCAACGUGUCCCACGAGCUGCGGACGCCCAUGGCCGGCAUCCUGGGCCUGCUGGACCUGCUGUCCGCGGACGAGAUGCUGCCCGAACAAGCGACAAAUGUGGACCAGAUUCGACAGUGUGCCACGUAUCUGCUGGGGCUCCUAAACAAUCUGCUGGACCUUGGCAAAAUCGAGGCCGGCAAGCUUGAGCUCGAAAGCGCCGACUUCGACUUGGUCGCCGAGCUCGAGUCCCUGGUCGACAUGUUCGCCGUCCAGUGCACCGCCCAGGGCAUUGAAAUUGGCCUGGAGCUACCGGGGGAGAUGAACCGACUUGUCAAGGGCGACCAGACGCGCCUGCGCCAGAUCGUCGUGAACCUGCUGUCCAACGCCAUCAAGUUUUCCUCCCCUGGGGGGCAUGUGUUGGUCAGGGCUUCGCCUAAUUCAUCCUCCGGAUCGCUCCGCACGUCCGCAUCGGAUGCCGCUGACGCCGUCCGCAGCUCUCGCGAAAGCGGCAGCCUCUUCUCCCCCCGCUUUUCCUUCCGGGCAAAGGAACCGUCCGAAGCGUCCGAACGAUCCCCACCGUCCAGACCGUCCGAACGGUCCCCACCGCUUAUACCGUCCGAACGGUCCCAACCGUCCAAAGCGUUCGAACGGUCCUCACCGCUCAAGGGGUCCGAACGGUCUUCACCGUCCACUUCCGGAGCUUUUGAAAGAAAGCAAGCAACUAGGCUGUGGUACACUUUCGAGGUCGAGGACGACGGAAUCGGGAUCCCUCCUGAGAAGCGGGAAAUGGUCUUUGAGAACUUUGCGCAAGCAGAUUCGUCCACAACGCGACUGCAUGGGGGCACUGGGCUAGGGUUGGCCAUUGUGCGGUCGCUAGUCCACAUGAUGGAGGGUGACAUCAGCGUCGUGGACAAGGAUGGCCCCGGGACCCUCAUCCGCUUCCAGGUCUCAUUUGAGGCCACCUGUGCGGACGCUGCGGGCGCGCCCGAAGGUGCACAAAGCUGUCCGAUUGCGUCCGCAACCGAACCGGUCUGCAGGGGCGGCAACGUUCUGCUGGCGAUGCCUGAAGCGCUCGGCCGGGGGAUAGCAGAGAGGUACUUGCGGAAGGAAGGCUUCGACGUCCGCACCGCCACCACGUGGGCUGACGUCAUCCCUCAAGCUGAGCAGCUGAUAGCCCCUGGCAACAUUUCGAACUUAGUUGGCGUCGCGGCUGCGCACGCUGAGAACGGUCUGAAACAUUCAAGCCGCCCAGAGGAUUCGUAUGGCGGCCAUAUAUCGUCAGCCGGUGCGGAGUGCGAACUUGGCGCGAGCGGACACAUCGUGAUUGAUAUGGAGACUGCGGAAGGAGGACCCGAAGGCGGUGCGGAACACGGCACGUGCCCGACGCUGGUCAUCAUCGACGUCAGCACUGUCCCGAGCCCUGCUGGCCCUAAAGAGCUGGGGGAGUGCUUGCGCCAACUAGAGCGGAUACAGCCUCGAGCGGUGGUCGCCUGGCUGGUGUCAAGUGAUACGCCAGUCUCGGUUCGACAGAUGCUCAAGGCGUCCUCACCCGUGGCCAACAAGCCGCUGUACGCCUCUCGGCUGUCCGAACUUCUCCUCGCCAUGACAUCACAUGGUGGCGAGCUCCUGACGUCCGAGAUGACGUCAGCAGCUUGCGGCCUUCAGACCUGUGAACAUGUAGCGUCAGACGUGUCUCCCGCGAGGCCUUCCAACCAGCUCACGUCAGCGGGGACCCAAUCUCCGGCAACCAAACAGGUUGUCAAACUCGAUGGGGGCGGAUUCCGUACGUCCGAACCAUUGACGUCACACGCGGCCCAAGCUUGGACGUCCGGCAAAAAGACGGAACCGAAUAAAGUAGAGAAUUUAGUCUCCAGCGAAAAGAGCGCAGCGCACCAAAUAAAGUCUCCAGGAACGGAGCCCGCGGUUGGAAGGAACGAUAACGCAGAUCAAAUAAUUAGAUCUCUCGACCGCGCGCUUCACGAAAGCCAGCCCGCAGCCACUUGCCGGGCCGCGCUUUCGUCACCAGUGACGUCAACGGUGACGUUAGAGCAGGCAACAGGUUCCGCACCAGGUAUAUCAAUGGCCUCGAGAUCAGGUUCGGGGCGCGCAACAGCUGCACCGAUCAGCAGUCAAUCGACGGUUAGGAAUGAACCAGACAUUUCAGUAAUAGAUAGAACUAGAGCGCCGAGAGGAGUUGGUGAGCAGCAGUCGAACGAAGGCGGGUCUCCGAAGCUGCCGUUGGCGGGUCUGCGGAUACUGGUAGCGGAGGACACGCCGAUCCUGCAGAAACUUGCGGUGAAAACCCUGUCAAAGUUGGGCGCCAGCGUGCACGCCGUGGGAGACGGCCAACAGGCGUCCGACGCGGUCGCUGGAGCAAACUGCGCGGCGGAACGGGUUUCGCACGGCGGAACGGACGGACUAAGCGUCGAGCGGCCGUUCGACGUCGUCCUGAUGGACUGCCAGAUGCCUGUUAUGGACGGAUACGAAGCGACGCGGGCCAUUCGGCAAGCCGAGGAAGGCACGGGAAAAUACACGCCGAUCAUUGCGCUGACGGCACAUGCCAUGGCCUCGGACAGAGAUAAGUGCUUGGCUGUGGGAAUGGACUCGUACCUUGCAAAGCCCAUCCAGCAAAAAGAGCUUGUUGCGGCCAUCAAAUCGAUAGUUGCCACGAACAGCCCAAAAUAAACCAGAGCAAGCAGAAUGAUCGGAUUAGAGUCUUAAAGCGGUAGUAAGGUGUAACAUAUACAGGUGAUCAAAAAGAGGUUGUAGGCGUCGAUAAAAAGUGGGUGGAUAUCUCAAAAGGUCUGACAGACACAAAGGUCCGAGCAUAAUGAAGUUUUUAUUUAGCCUGACAACAGGACAAUAGUAAGCCCAGGUUUUGACUAUCGUGAAGAGGUUGAAUGAUUGGAAUAGCCGGGCCGUACAGAGGACUAGCCGGGUGGCACUCACCAAUCUGCGCAAAAGUAUUUGGCCGGGCAGCCACCCUUGAAGGUAAUUGACUCAGAUGAUUAAAACGGGCGGAGCGCAUAAGCUCAUUUGAGAACUAUGCAAUAUAGCUUUGACUCGCUCAAUAAGAAAUAAGAUACUAGAUAGUGCUUCAUUUUUUAGUGGUCCGACGCCUUUCAAUGAAGAAGCU